AUGGCGCAGGACACUUCGGCAACUACCAACAACUCUCAACGUUCCACCCCUCUAACCAGUGACCCACGCUCUCUCUUGGUACCUCCAAAUACCCUGAUAUGUAAUGUUGAUGGAGCAUGGGAUGUGCGCACUGGAUAUUGUGGAACAGGGGGAGUCUUCUCGGGCUGUAGCGACCGGUUGCCGCUGGAACCUAUCAGCAGUUCGCGCAAACACGUUUCCUCGGCGUUAAUGGCUGAAUGCCUCGCCAUCCCUUCGGCAGUGAUGCAUGCUGCCUCGUUGAAUAUCAAAUCCCUUAUGAUCCUGUCCGAUUCGCUCACCCUGGUCAAGCUUUUGAAGGGUCGUGGCUUGGUACUAGCCUUGUUCGGUAUUUUAUUUGACAUCUAUCAUUUUAGUGCUUUGUUUGAUGUAAUUUCCUUCUCGUAUGUAUCUCGGGUGAGUAAUGGGGUGGCUGAUUCUGUGGCAAAAUCAGCUCUCUCAUUGCUAAACUCCUCCGAUCAUGGAGUGUAA